CUAGUGUGAGUAUGUCCUUAAGUGGACUGCAAUCAAACAUCCUAACCGUGGGUUAACCGACUAUAACAUACUCCUGGGCGCCUGCGAAUGAAAGGAGAUCUCUCAAUGGAAGGGGUGAAGUACUUGGGGAAGAAGACAAGUAGGAAAGCAUUAUUGGGUUCAGAUUUGGAGGCGCAUUCCGCUGAAGAUGGCGAGGGAAGUGAGAGCGAGGAGGAGGAUGACAAAGAUGAAGAUGCCAUGGAAGGUACAACGGAAGAAAAGCACAGCAAUGAAGGAGGUCUGGAAGACAAAAAGAGAGAGAGGAUCCGGCAAAGGGCACAGGAAGAUGAAGAUGGACAACAACAGACUGGUUCGGAAAGUGAGCAUGAGGAUGAACGCGCCGACAUGGCUGAGGGUGAUUUGUUGGAAAAUGAAGAGAUAAAGGCACUGGACAAAGAAUAUCAGCAGAUACUUCACCAAGAGGAAGAGAUGCUGCAAACUGUCAGAUCAAGAUCAGCUGUGGAUUACAAGAAGGCACAUGCUGUGGCGAAUCAGCGGAUGCUGUGGGACAAGGCAUUGGAGUUGUGCAUUCUUUGUCAGCGAUUGCUUUCAAUAGGCAACCGCCUUCCUCAGCCUGUUGCAUGGCCAAUAAUACGUGGCGCGUCAGAAGAAGCUUCUACGAAGUUCAAAGACGUUUCGAAGGCUGCAGCUGAAGCAUUGAGUGUCACACUGGAUCUGGAAAAAACCCUUCUCGAACGCAAUGAAGCGAUUUUGGCCGCACGCGGAAGUGCAGAACUGACUGGUCUGUGUAGUGGUAGGGGUUCGAUCUGUAGAUCUGUGAAGUAGGAGUCCCAGUUCUGUAGAGGUCGUAGCUAUAGGUAUCUGAAAGGUAAAGGUCGUAGCUGCUACAGUCCUGAAAGGUCAAGGUCGUAGCUGCGACAGUACCUGAAAGGCCAAGUCCACAGACUUUCGGAAGGUCCCGAAAGUGGCCUUUCGGAGUAGGCUCAGGUUUAGGUAGAGGCAAGUGGGCAAGUGGUGGAGCCAACCUCAGUAUGUUGGCAGUGCGACUGCAGUGAGUCUGCGGUGCAAACCCAUGCAGUCAGCGGUACCAGUCCAGUCAGUCCCAGUCCAGUCCAGCAAGUACCAUGAAGGACUGUGUGCACCAUGGGCCGAUGGAAAAGGGCAGACCAGCGAGUUACAGAAGUAUAAAUCAAGAGGCAGCACCCAG